AUGUCCGGAGUAGUUUCCGGAGCAGAGAUAGCUUCAGUAGCCGAGGGAGAAGAGACGACUGGACUGCUUGAGGAGGAGGAGAUUAUUGGAGGGCUAGAGGAGGAAGACAUCACCGGAGUAGAGGACGAGGAGGAGAUGAUCGGAGUACUUGAGGAAAACGCUAUCUCCGAGGUACUGGAAGAGAAGGAUAUCACCGUGGUCUGGAAAGGUGCAGGCGUUGUUUCCGCAGGUGUGCUGGUCAGAGGCGACGAGAAGAUCUCCUUCGUGGUCUCCACCGGAUUGCUGCAGGUCCAGUAUGGCUCAACUCGACACAGCGAGCUGCAACCAUCGCCAGAGAUUGUGUUUCCAUCAUCACAAGUCUCACCAGGGUCGAGAACUCCGUUUCCACACAACUGA